GUUAGUUCGGAAAAAUUUUCAUCCGAAAUUAAAAUUUUCAUCUGAAAAUGAAGAACACCAUUGAGCAAUUGUGCCUGUUCAUCUGCUGUUUCCAGAUACUUCAGGUAUCUGCUCACGAGGUCUGUGUAAUACUCACGCAGGCAGAGAGUGGAAACUCCAUUGAAAUUCCGGCGAACAGUCAUGUGGAAGGUUUACAUAAGUCUCGCUGGUACGAGAAAAUCAAUUGGAAAAAUUUUACCUAUGGGCCCCUGACUUUAUCAUACAGCGUUCAACGAUGGGAGACAUACUGGUUCAGUGCUGAUGAUUGGGAACAAGUGACAAGCGGUUCUUUAGAUAUCUGCCAAACGUCUCAUGGUGAACCUGAGAGCUGGGGAAAAUUUGUACGAGAACUGCUCGGAUUGCGUUGGGGAUACGGAUGCCCAAUAGCACCGGGUGAGCGGCCAAUCGAGGGCCAACUCUUGCAUCCUACACAGUGCAGAUUGAUGAUAUGGGAUAAUCACCUCACAAGUAACAAGUACAGAAUUUUCCUCAAAGUGACAGAUACUCAUAACACUGUGCUUUUGAAAGGCCAAGUCAUACGGCCAAUACCAUCGUAAUAACGUCAUAUGCGUUGAAUAUUAAUUAAUAAUAAACAAAGAUUGUACUAAUACUGAGAAUCAUGUAACUGAUAUCAAGUAAUUGUAAAAGUGCUAUUCAACGGAAAUAAAAAGCUGUGCUAAGCGAUCUACGUGGACAUAGUGCAUGGCCCUUC